AUGGAGGACGUUUCUCUUUUCCUUGCAGGGGAAACCAUCAGUCAUCAGGAGGCUUUUCAAUUCAACCAAUAUGAGAUGGAUGAAAGAGGAGGAUACGGAGGAGAUCCACCAGACCCGGGCCCAAAACUGGGCAAUACCUAUCUCCUUCCCCAUCCUCCGAAUCCAUACCCCCGGCCUCCUUUGUGUAUGCGGGCAGCGGAAGACCUCACAACAGCUCAUGCCAUCUUGGAUCUAAGUUCCCCUCACCGGAUUUCCUUGUCCAAGCCAAACGAAGCCCCUCAGGAAGCACCUCGUGUCCGGGUCCCUUUCGAGCAGAACAAUAACUCCCCAGCCAGAGAUAAGACCGUCGCCUACACUUAUGAUGAAUUCUUCGUCUCCGAUGGUCGAUCCAAAAGACGCCUCGCUCCGGAAGCUCCCCAAUCUCAGCCCAACGGCAAGUAUCAAUGUUCGGAAUGUGGAAAGAACUAUGCCACUAGCUCCAACCUCUCUCGUCAUAAACAGACUCACAAGAGUUUGGAUUCGGGGGAUGCUCGGCAAUGCCCGACUUGUGGGAAGGCGUAUGUGAGCAUGCCAGCUUUGGCCAUGCACGUUCUUACUCAUAAGCUUGCUCACAAGUGCGCCGUUUGUGGGAAGGCCUUCUCGAGACCAUGGCUUCUUCAAGGCCAUCUUCGGAGUCACACCGGAGAACGACCGUACGGAUGUGCCCAUUGUGGCAAGGCCUUCGCAGAUCGAUCCAACUUACGCGCCCACAUGCAAACUCACUCUGGGUCAAAAAGCUUCCGAUGCCGGCGUUGCCAUAAAGCCUUCGCCCUCAAGACUUAUUUGAGCAAGCACCUGGAAUCAGCUUGCUUGAAAGAUCCUAGUAGUCCCAGUCCUUCCGAUCCACCGUCCCCGUUGCCUUACACUUCUGAAUACUUUUCCACUCUGAAGAAGUCCUUCACCAACUUGUCCACUUUAAAACCCGUGGAAGUGAUCUAA